CUGGCCUCUGAACGUACGACACUCGGUGGAGAGACGUGGAGGCUUUGUCAGAAAUGCAAGGAACGGGGCCAGUGAUGCUACGGGCUAGAGUGCGAGGACUAAGAGCUGGGAUUAAGGGAAGCCGAUACCUUUUGCCGCUGUGUGUUCUAGUGUUGACCAUUUUGGAUCUGCUGGUCUUCCACUCGGGUACUCUCGCCAGCCUCACUCGCAGCCGAUCAGUCCGUGAACGUAAUGACGGCGAUAGUUACCUCAUCAACACCCCGGGUUGCGCCAUACAAAACUUCGAUGUCCUCAGCCCAGAGUUUACUAAAUUCCUUAAGGGUUACCCAAAGAGUUUCCAAUGCGGCGACAAGCGUGACCUGACCGAGAGCGUUGGUCUGACGCUGUUCAUGUACCGGGAACGAGCGACCGAAUACGGCUUGGCGCCCUCGAGCGUCGAAUGCAGCUACAGGAAAGUCAUCCCGAGGACGGAUAAGGAGGGCUUCCGCAAUGUGAGGAGCACGUGA